UCUGCGUCUAUAAAAGGGUGAGGCGUCGGCGCCGGGGUACCGUUUCCUGGUUGUGGCCGUUCGUCUGUUUGCGCUUUCGUGAUGUCUGGUCGUGGCAAGCAAGGAGGCAAGGCCCGCGCCAAGGCCAAGUCGCGGUCUUCCCGGGCCGGGCUACAGUUCCCGGUGGGGCGUGUGCACCGGCUGCUGCGCAAGGGCAACUACGCGGAGCGUGUGGGCGCCGGCGCGCCGGUGUACAUGGCGGCGGUGCUGGAGUACCUAACGGCCGAGAUCCUGGAACUGGCGGGCAACGCGGCCCGCGACAACAAG